AUGGUUCUAAUGAUAGUUUCUGACCUCCGUAACUUGCAGUGCUUUAAAAUGCAGCAUCUUUUUGGAUAUAGAAAGGACAUAAAAUUGAAAAGGAGGAACAAAUCCCAAAAAACAUGGAUCAGGUGCUCUUUAGCAUACUUCGUGUGGAGCCUUGUUGGAUUUGUUCUCUUGUUUCAUCUCUACACUUCAAUAUGCCGCCUUGAAAUUCUAAAUAGAGAGCUCGUUGUGAAAAUGAGUCAGCAUCCGCUCUUAAGUGAAGCAGAAGUAAUUGAGGAUGAAAGUAUCCAAAUGCCUCCGCCAAGAAGGAGAUCUCCACGUGCUGUUAUGAGAAAACCUAAGCCGCCAACCACUUUAAUUGAUGAGUUUCUUGACGAGUAUUCCCAAAUACGGCAUGUAUUCUUUCCUAAAAUAGAGACGGCCGUAGAUACCAUGAUGUGUGCUGAAAGCGACAAAUUUUACUAUUACCCAGGGAGAACAUGGCUUGACACUGAAGGAAAUCCGAUUCAGGCCCAUGGGGGUGGUAUUGUGUAUGACGAGAGGUCGAGUAAGUACUAUUGGUAUGGGGAAUAUAAAGAUGGACCCACUUACCAAGCUCACAAAAAUGGAUACUCACGGAAUCUUCUUGAUGAGCUCUGUUAUAGUUAUGUUCUUGCAUAUCUAUGUGAACUUGCUGACGAUUUCAUUCUGUCAUCAUUGAUGAAUAUAAAAUCUCUGCUGAAAAGUAACUGCGGUGUCUACUACCUGGAAAGUGAUCUUAAAGAGUUGUCUGUUCCGAAACCUACAAAACGUGUCUACUGGAGAACACAUGUGGAUAUCAUUGGUGUUGCUUGCUAUUCCUCAAAGGACCUAUGGACAUGGAAGAACGAGGGCAUCGUACUGGCUGCCGAGCCCGGCAACAAGACCCACGACCUCCACCCAUCGAACGUCCUCGAGCGGCCCAAGGUCGUCUACAACGACCGGACACGCAAGUACGUGAUGUGGAUGCACGUGGACAAUGGCAACUACACAUGGGCCUCCGCGGGUGUUGCUGUUGCCGACCAGCCCACAGGCCCGUUUGUGUACCUCGGCAGCAUGCGGCCCAACGGGAGCGAGAGCCGGGACAUGACCGUCUUCAAGGAUGACGAUGGGACUGCCUACCUCAUCUACUCGUCUGAGGACAACAGCGAGCUCCACGCGGGCCUGCUGUGCGAGGACUACCUCGACGUGGCAAACGGCGGCAGCAGGGUCCUUCUGCGGCAGCACCGGGAGGCCCCUGCGCUGUUCAAGCACGGUGGCGUGUACUACAUGAUCACAUCCGGGUGCACUGGAUGGGCACCGAACGAGGCGCUCGUGCACGCGGCCGGGUCGGUUAUGGGCCCGUGGGAGGAGGUGGGGAACCCGUGCGUGGGUGGGGGCCGGGUUUUCCGGGGGGUCACGUUCUUCGCGCAAGGUACGCAUGUGGUGCAGCUGCACGGGUUGCCCGGCUCGUUUAUUUUCAUGGCAGACAGGUGGAAUCCGGCAGACCUGAGGGACUCGAGGUACGUUUGGUUGCCGUUGGAGGUGCGGGGAGGGGCUGAUCGGCCACUCGAUCAGACGUUCGGGUUCCCGGUGUGGCCUAGGGUGUCGGUAUAUUGGUGCAGGAGAUGGAGGCUACCUUGGGAGUGGAGGGAGAACAGAUAUAGAGGUUUUGGUGUGUGAUGUAUAUAUUAUAUAUAUAUAUA